AUGGACACCGCCGUGCAACGUUUAGUGGCUCCACCGCUGCAGAACGUUGCAAGCAACGACCUGUGCCGCAAUGUCGGCGAUGUAUCACCGUACGGUCGCCGCCUUCCACGGCCCGCGCUCUUCGCUGUCGACAUUGACGGCACGUUUCUGUCUGCGGAGGCCGAGGUAAUGAGGAAGAACCGUGCCGCCUUCGCGAACACCCUCAAGGCCGGGUUCAAUGUGUUUUUUUGUACAGGCCGACCUCACGUGAGCUCGAUGGCAGUACUGGACGAGCAGUUUGUGCGCUCCACCGGGUACCGCGGCUACCCCGGCGUGUACCACAACGGCGCUGUGGUGUACGACGGGUCGGGCGCGGUGCUGCGGAUGAACGUUUUCGGGGCUCAGUUCCUGACGGUGUUCUGUGAGUUCCUCGUGUCGCAUCAGCUGGAAAAAUACGUGGCGUUCUGCGACAUGAACGGAGCGUACAUGCUGUGCGACGACUCCAGCUGCAUGAAAGAGAUUCUUGCGGACGUCGAUAUGCACGAUCCGCCCACCGUGGUCACACCCGCCGACCUGCUACUGAAGAAGAUAUCACUCCUGAUUGUUCACCACAAGGAGGUCAUCACGCAGCAACCUCACGUUAAGUGCGACGUGGACUAUGUCCUGAAGGAGGGAUCUUUUGGCGCCUGGGACGUCACUCCGUGCACUUCUACGAAGGCUGAGGGCCUAAAGGUGCUGCUGGAGAGCUACGGGGUCACCAGUGCGGAUUGCGGUUUCAUUGGCAACGGCACGAACGACGUGGAGGCGAUGAGCCUCUGCGAGCUGUCGUUCGCCGUGCAGAAUGCGGAGGCGAACGUGCAGGAUUUCGCCAAGUACACACUCGCCGAGACUAAUGAGGAAGGCGCAUUCCACACUGUAAUGAAACUAGUGUACGGCGUGCCGUGCGAAUGA